UACCGCUGAGGCGCUGACAACAUAAACAACAAAACCGAUCGGGGUCGACAUGGCCAUCGCUAAGCUUCUCAUCCUUGCCCUCCUCGUCAUUUCGGCGCAAGGAUCGGACACGCAGCCCUGCAGCGUGUCCGACAUCGAGGUGCAGACCGUCAACGCGCGCUCGCGGGGCAGCGGCCCCAACGGCGAUACGCUGUUCAAGGUGCGGGUGAAGAACCUGUGCCCGUGCAGCGUCAGGAACGUGCGGAUCGACGGCCGGGGCUUCUCGUCGACGUUGGAUGUGGACCCGUCCCUGUUCAGGGCCGAGGGCGGCGGCGUCUACCUGGUGAAGGGCGGUCGCCGGAUCGCGAGCAUGGCCACCGUCACCUUCUUCUACUCCUGGGAUCACUACUUCGACCUGAGCCCCAAGAGCUUGGAGGUGGAGGAGGACAGAUGCUACUAGCUCGACCCCCUGGCUUGUUGCGUUGGUGUCCAUGGCGAUAGUUGGGGUGAAUAAUGGUUGUGUGACUUGAGGACAUUUUGUUUUCACUUUGAAGUCCGGAUAUGGCUUCUAGGAGCAUAUGCCCCUGCAUGCCAAAAUUAAUUUUAUGAAUGCAAGAAAAAAAA